AUGACUACAGAAUCAACACAAGAAUCGAAAAAUUUAGAAGAGCAACAAUAUCUUGAUUUAUGUGAAAGAAUCAUAAAGGAAGGUGAAUUCCGUCCAGAUAGAACUGGUACAGGUACAUAUAGUCUUUUUGCACCACCACAACUACGUUUUAACCUAUCCAAUGGUACAUUCCCUCUGUUAACGACGAAGAAAGUUUUCACAAAGGGUAUAAUCUUGGAGUUAUUAUGGUUUAUUUCUGGUUGUACAGAUGGUAAGAAAUUAUCAGCGCAUGGUGUUAAGAUAUGGGAAGGUAAUGGAUCUCGUGAAUAUUUAGACAAAUUAGGUCUUACAGAUAGAAGAGAGGGUGAUUUAGGUCCUGUUUAUGGGUUUCAAUGGAGACAUUUUGGUGCCAAAUAUAAGACAUGUGAUGAUGAUUAUUCAGGACAAGGUGUGGAUCAAUUGAAGGAUGUAAUUUAUAAAUUGAAAAAAAAUCCUUAUGAUCGUAGAAUUAUUAUGAGUUCUUGGAAUCCUCCUGAUUUCCCAUUGAUGGCUUUACCACCAUGUCAUGUCUUUUCACAAUUUUAUGUUAAUUUCCCAACGGAUGGAGGUAAACCAAAAUUAUCAUGUUUAUUAUAUCAAAGAUCUUGUGAUAUGGGGUUAGGUGUACCUUUCAAUAUUGCUUCGUAUGCGUUGUUGACUAUUAUGAUUGCUCAUAUUUGUGAUAUGGAACCUGGUGAAUUUAUUCAUACUAUGGGUGAUGCUCAUGUUUAUAAAGAUCAUGUUGAUGCAUUAAAUGAACAAACUAAAAGAACUCCAACUGAAUUCCCUAAGUUGAAAAUAAAUAGGAAGGUGAAAGAUAUUGAUGAUUUUAACUUUGAAGAUUUCGAAAUUGUUGAUUAUCAUCCACAAGCAAGAAUUCAAAUGAAAAUGAGUGUAUAA